AUGGAGACUUCCAAGCAAAGACUCAGGCGGGCUAUGCGACUGGCUGGCCCAACUAUUGGCUUGAAACGAUCCCAAACAGAUACUACAAAUGGCCAAGCUCAUCUGCGUCCUGGCUAUCAGGCUGAAGGUGGGGUAGAGACAAUAGCAGCAGAUCUGCUCCUUCGCCGGCCCAUGCCUCCUUCGCUACAAUCCAGAGGUGAACAACGACCUACCAUGGCGCCAGACACUAGCAGCUUCCCCGAUAGAUGGGCCGAGAUAAGGCGAAAGGCUGAGCUGAGGCAAACGAGUCAAGGAGUCGAGCAAAACGACGGAGAGACCCAAGAUGAAGAGACCAUCGAGAGUCGCGUGGCACGCAUAAAAGCUCGUGUGGCAGAGUUGACGGACAGUGUUGAGGGUGGAGUUUCUGUUUCUGUUUCUGCAGAGCGGAACGAAGAGAGGCCCUUGAUGCUACAUACCCGUCGACAUACGGCCGGAAACAUUAUCAGCUCUGCUAAUGUACAAUCUACGCCACGUCGCAAUGAUAUUUACAUGGAACCUGUGGAUUUCGACGACGCAUCAUCCGAGCCAUCCUUCAUCAAACCCAUUGAAGCUUCUACACGGACAUUGUCAGCAGAUGGAAGCGACCUGACUAGUAUCGAACGAGACCCAUUUUGUAGACCAUGGGACUCGGAGUCGAUAACAAACCAUCUGUUAUCGGCGAUGGAUGUUGCAAGCGCUCGAGUUGCUCUCGAAAGCCUUGGGGUUACCGAUCUGUGGCUACCGCUGUCGAAACAACUACUUAAACGAUCACUGAGUGAUCCUCAUCAUGUCUCAGAGUUCCUGAGAUUACAAGAGGGCCAUCUCAGGUCCUUUCUUGCGUUUUGGACACGAUCCGUCUCAGCAGAUAGUAUACAUGAUACCUUGUUCAACCAUUGCGAAUUUGAGGACGACGAAGAGGUCUUUGAGGAGAACCGUUUGCUCGGCGAAGGGAUGGUCGGUCUUGUCGAGGAGGUGACUGUACGAGGCCGAGAACCACCUCUUAUAUGCGUACGAAAGAAGAUUGCAAGGCCUAAACAGCUCAAAGCGCAUCGACAGAUUAUGGCUGCCUUCAUUCGGGAGAUCAAAGUCAUGCGUCAAGUCGAUCAUCGCCAUUGCGUUCGGUUUCUCGGGAGCUAUACCGAUAAUGAGUCUGUCAAUAUUCUCUCGACGCCGGUGGCUGAUAUGGAUCUUGCUACCUUCCUUGAUAAGCCUUUGGGAGACCGGGAAUGGGCCAUACUCUACAAGGGCAUUGACUGUCUUUGCAACGGGCUCUUGUAUCUCCAUGACAACAAGAUUCGACACGAGGAUCUGAAGCCGCAAAAUGUUCUCGUUCACGGCACUAAUAUAUUGCUUACCGAUUUUGGAUUCAGGUGA